AGACACAGAGAGAGAGAGAGAGACAGAGAGAGAGACAGAGAGAGGGAGAGAGAGACAGAGAGAGGGAGAGAGAGAGAGAGAAAGAGAGAGAGAGAGAGACAUCCUCCCCUCAGUUUCCACGGUGACAGCUUCCUCCUCUUCCUCCUCUUCCUCCUCUUCCUCCUCUUCCUCCAUCAUUUCUCCGUCUGUCGGCUUGUCAGCGUCGUCAGGAUGGGAGAUAAAGGAACCAGAGUGUUUAAGAAAGCCAGUCCCAAUGGAAAGCUCACCGUCUAUCUGGGGAAGAGAGACUUCGUGGACCACGUGGAUCUGGUGGAGCCUGUUGACGGCGUCGUCCUUAUCGACCCGGAGUACCUGAAGGAGAGGAAAGUGUUCGUGACUCUGACCUGCGCGUUCCGUUACGGCCGCGAGGACCUGGAUGUCCUUGGGUUGACGUUCCGGAAAGACCUGUUUGUGGCGAACAUCCAGGCGUUUCCUCCACCGGCCGAAGAGAAGAAGAGUCUGACUCGUCUUCAGGAACGGCUGAUUAAGAAACUGGGAGAACACGCCCACCCGUUCACCUUCGAGAUUCCUCUGAACCUGCCGUGCUCCGUCACCCUGCAGCCGGGCCCCGAGGACACGGGGAAGGCCUGCGGAGUCGACUUCGAGGUGAAAGCUUUCUGUGCAGAAAAUGUUGAAGAAAAGAUCCACAAAAGGAACUCGGUGCGUCUGGUGAUCCGGAAGGUUCAGUACGCUCCAGAGAAACCGGGUCCGCAGCCCACCGCCGAGACCACCCGGCAGUUCCUGAUGUCAGACAAGCCUCUGCACCUGGAGGCCUCUCUGGACCGAGAGAUUUAUUACCACGGGGAGCCAAUCAGCGUCAACGUCCACGUCACCAACAACACCAACAAGACUGUGAAAAAGAUGAAGAUCUCCGUGCGGCAGUAUGCAGACAUCUGCCUGUUCAACACGGCUCAGUACAAAUGUCCAGUGGCCACCGAGGAGUCCGAUGACGUCGUCGCUCCCAGUUCCACUUUCUGCAAAGUUUUCACUCUCACUCCGUUUCUGGCCAACAACCGAGAGAAACGAGGCCUCGCUCUGGACGGGAAGCUGAAGCACGAGGACACCAACCUGGCCUCAAGCACACUGUUGAGAGAAGGAGCCAAUAAGGAAAUCCUCGGCAUCAUCGUGUCGUACAAAGUCAAAGUGAAGCUGGUGGUGUCUCGAGGCGGCCUCCUUGGAGAUCUGGCGGCGAGUGACGUCUCUGUGGAGCUGCCUUUCACAUUGAUGCACCCGAAGCCGUUAGAAGAAUCCAUCUACAGAGACGCUCCAGAUGAAGCUCCGAUCGACACAAACCUGAUUGAGUUUGACACAAACGACGAUGACAUCAUCUUCGAAGACUUCGCCCGCCAGCGGCUGAUUGGCGGAGCGAAGGACGACGAAGACGAGGAGCUGAUGGACUCGCCCAAACUGGACGACAGAUAAAGGAUAAAGAUAAACCGCCUCUGCCGUUGUUGUCUGCUGUCCGCCGUGUGGAGGCGACGGAGAUCGUCCACUUCCGGACGCCCCGCAAACACUCGGCGGUGCCGUGUUUGUGUUCCUCGUUCAUGUCCGUCCUCUCUGCGUCCUGCCGGAGGUGUAAAAAAGUACCGCAGCCUAGUCGUGUCGUUUUCAGACGGAGCCGCUCUCCGUUCCUUCGCACCGGCCGGCCGGAAACUCGAACCGGCGACCGCGGCGAGUCGCCCCAACCCCGCGGCUGGUAGCAUGCCUCUAGUGUCACUUUGUUCUACGUGUUUCCAUUAGCGAGCCAGCAGGAGUAACGUCGUGUUGAGAUUAGUUUGAUGUGUCAUACCGACGGGGCCUCGGCAGGUCUGGAACUGUUCGGCUGACAGAAGACGUCUUCGAGCCGCCGCGACCACCUGAGACUGUCAGGGAGCGCCACCAACCAGCCGGGAGGAUCCGGUGGCGACUGUGCACGAAAAACACCGACACUUUCUACGGUUUAUUAAUAUCAUGAUGAUCCACUUUGACAGAGUGGUUUCAAAGGAUUUCACGUGUUUCCAACUCUUCAUGGUGUUGAGACCAUCGUAUUCAUCGUUCUGGUGCUUUCACUUCUAUUCUCCUCGUUCUUCACCUGAACUAAAGUCACCUUUUAAUCGUCAUAAAAGCUUUAAAACGAUGUUAUUAAGUAUCUAUUCCCAAUAAUGUGAUCAGUUUAUCCAAAUGUGCAAAUAUGAUCUGAUGUUUUAUUCUCUGUGAGGAGCUGCUGGUUUUAUAUUAUAUUAUAUGUCUGAAGACACAACUCAACUCUGUUUACAAAACAUGAUCCAUUCAAUCAAAUUGUCCUUAGCUAGCUAGAUAGCAGCUACCCGUACUCGCUAGCUAGUUAGCAGCUACUCACUAGCUAGAUAGCAACUACUCGCUAGCUAGUUAGCAGCUACUUGCUAGCUAUAUAGCAAUGACUCGCUAGCUAGAUAGCAGCUACUCGCUAGCUAGAUAGCUGCUACUCGCUAGCUAGUUGGCAGCUACUCGCUAGCUAGAUAGCUGCUACUCGCUAGCUAGUUGGCAGCUACUCGCUAGCUAGUUGGUUGGUUUUUUCAGAUUAACUAAUAUUCAGAAAGUAUGUUCCAGUUGAAUCUGCUGAAUGUUGACAAACCGAAUUGUGUUUUAAUCCCUGAAGUCUGAACACAGUGAGUAGAUUAAUAAUAAAACACUGAUAAACUGA